UAUUUUAAAGCAUAUAAAAAAUUUAAAAAUUUUCAGAAAUUUUUUUUUUCGAUUAUAUAAAUCAAUUGCAAAAAAAAAAAAAAAAAAUUCACUGUUUUGGACAGCCGGCUGGACGACCGGCCGGACGUCCCGUUCCCUCAAAUGCCCCCUCUGCAACAAACAUAAUGCUUUGACAUAUAGACAGAGCUUCUGGCAGAGUUUUGAAAAAUUAAUUCCAAAACUACUAUUUUCAGAGCACAAACAAACAGAGCCUUAAUUUGUUGCCAUCUUACUCUUUGCAUUUUUAAGUUUACAACGUAAUUUCUUGACAAUAUUUUUAAAAUUAGACCGGUAAGUUUAACUCGUAAACUCGUUGACCGGUCUAGUAAUUGGUUGAGAUAAACUAAAUAAUUCAAAAUAAAAAUAAAAAUAAAUAAAUAAAUAAAUAAGGGAAGCUGGCAUAUUUCUAAAGAACCGUCAAGAGCCGCAAUAAAACAGGCUACCAUUCAAACUAAUUACCAGUUUAGGAAAAUUGGCCAAAUCGCUUCCCCUCUAAAGAUUGUUCACUUUUCUCUUGUUUUAUUGUCAACUUAUUCAUACAUUUUUAAACUUACAAUUUGACUUCCUGUUCUUGGAUCCAACAAUGGAAAAACCACGAAGACAGUUCCCUUGGCCCCCAAUUAACGAGCUGAUUCAAGUAAUUUAAGUUCACAAUAUAAACUAAUCGGCUCAAGACCGGCCGUACAAGUCAAGUAUACUAACUAAACAAUGAUAGAGGAGCGCACAAUGUCUAUUGCAAGAAAUGAGUAUAACAUUCAAUAGCACCCAUUGAUCCAAAUGGAGCUAGAAAGAGGGAGACAUAAAACAAAAAUGAAAUUCAACUUCAUUGAAAAAUGCGACUCUAUAACCACAUGCAUCUCAUUGCACUGUUUCCAAACCAAAAAAGGGUGGCUGGUGGAAGUCUCCGGAGAGGGGAGAAUGGCCAGCAGUGGUCGUGGGAGAGAGGUUGGUAAGAGGAGAGCUCAGAGAAAGAAUGAAAACUGAAAGAAAAAUAUACGAGCAAUCAUAUUACCUGAUCACUACAGGAAAAAAGAGUUUAGGCGACGUUUGUUUAGCGACGUUUUUUUAAACGUCACUUUUUUUUAAUAUUUAACGACGUUUUACAAAACGUCGCAUAUUUGCUUAAUAAAACGUUACCGUUUUGUAAUAGGAGGCGUUGAAAAACGCCUCCAAAUGCGUUGUGAUUCACGCGCAUGGUCUCCCCCCUUUUCAAACCCUAAUUUUGAAUCUGAGACUCACCGAAGACCCAGAUCUCGAGCGCGCUCUCUCGCUCUCUCUAAAUCUCAGAGCGAUUUUGAAGCUCCACCGUUUAUUCAUUCUGAGAGCGAGGUAGCGAGCACCAACGAAGGUGAGCUCCACUGUCUCUCUUUCUCUCUCUCUCAACCCUCUCUAAACCCUUAUCAGAGCGAUUCCGAGAUUCAUCUCAGAGAUUUAGAGAUUCAACUCAGAGAUUUAGAGAUUCAAAGUGAUUUCAUCUCAGUGAUUUCAUCGCAGAGCGUCAAAGAUUCAGAUCAGUCUCCACCAUCUGCACCAUCAUCUGCACCAUCGUCUACUAAGUUGCAGAGAGAUGGAGUCCCAAUCCCUCAAGCUUCGCAACAUUUUGGAGUUUCACAAUCUCCCAAUCUCGCCGACUCAUCGGUUCUCACUCCUUGUUCACCCAUGUGAACUCACUUCUCUCCCAUCACUCUUCUCAUCAUCGUCGAAUCCUUCUCACACUCGAAUUCUUCACCAAUUUAGUCGAAUCCUUCUCUCCAAGUUUUCAUAUAUUUCAGUUUUAAUUUUUCUGUUUUCUUUCACAAGGGUUGUUAAAACAAUUCAUUUGAGUCUAAUUUUGAUAUCUGUGAGCAUCUGCUGUGUGACUAGUAAGCUUUCGAAGGAGUGCCAGAGGAAGCUAUUUCUACAUAUAAAUUUUGUAGAAACAUUUAUAUGUAAACCCAUUGAAACAUUUUGAAUAGUUAGCUUUUUUCCCAAGAAAAAGCCACCGGAUUCACACGGUGUGAAACCACACCUAUUUAAACCCACUGAACUGUUAAAAGAAAAGCCACACUCACAAUUGUAAGAAAUUUCACAUUUUUCGUUGUCUUUAUUUCCUUCAUUUUCAGGGGGUUUGCUGUCAAGACCGACCUUUCAACCAUUCAAAGUUCUCUUUUUUGUUCUCAUGUAA